CAAUGAAACGAUUGAUUUAGUAUAUAUAUCCAUCUAAACCGUUACAGAAAGCCAUGGCAACCAAAUCGACAGCCAUGGCCGCCCAACCUUAGCCUCAAUCCACCUCUCCCAAACCCCAAACCAUCCUUCCGCCUGAAACCAUCGCCAAAAUCCUCACCUCGAGCAUUAGCCACGGACCCACCUGUGCCGUCUCUUUAAUAUGCCCGGAAUGGAACCUCGGGGCUCCGUCUCGACGACGUUUGACCACAGCACCGAGGAGCACGCGUCGUUCUGCCUGACCCUUCUCGAUGACCCGCGCCGUGUGGGGGAGAAUGGUUGUGGGGACUUGAUGCUGACCGGUGCGCUCCCGGAGUCUUAUCAGCGGGAAUUGGCCAGGGAGUGGGCGUCGAACAGUGUGGUGGUUGUCGGGCAGGAGGUGAGCUCUGUCGGGCCGUUAUGGAGGAGGGAGAUGAGUGAGGAGGAGGUGAAGGGGAUGGUUUUGUUACGGGAGCCGAGGGCUGUCCGGUCGUUGCCGCUUGAGGAGGACUCUGCGUUUCCUCCGCCGCCGGAUUAUGAUGAGGCGACGCCGAGGUGGGAGUGGAUGGCUUAUGGGAUGGAUUGUAGGGAGAAGGAGAGGUUGCCUGUUUUGAGGGAGGAGUGGGAGGGAGGCUAUACGGCUACGAAGAACCUGUCUCUCAAUGUUGAGGUCGUGUUGCGACUUCCGAGGUCGCUCAAGGGAAAGGGCUUAGCGCUCUUGGUCAUUACCGGACUGAGAUCCUGCUCGCGGUACCAUGGUCCGGACCUGCUGCCGAUUGAAGAGGUCGAAGAGGCCGUCUAG